AUGCAAGACCAAGAAAUGUCAUCUGACAGCAGCAAAUAUCCCAACAGCAACAAUGAUUCGCCACUCGUGGCCACAUCUGCACAAUCUCUCUCUGGAACCGCUCUCAACAACAACCAAUCUUCCACCACAUCUAGUCAAGCAUUACUUCCUCCUUCCUCAUCAUCAUCGCUAAAAACUCAACAAACAACAUGUUGUUCGCCAGCAGACAAAAACUUUGUAUUGGCGGCAAUUGAACCCACGACGACCUCGAGGACAUACCUUUUAGCACCUUACACCUUACACUUUAGUGCCGUUUGCAAUGGCACGUAG